ACUCGUGUGUGGGGCUCCUUUGGCCAUCUGCGAUAGAUAAAAUACAUUCUCACAUGAGAGUUAAUUGAGAAAUCUCACGGUAGCCAAGCAGUUCCCAAUGGUCCGAGGUAGCGAUCAAACGUGCACCGGAAUCUGCUAGUUGUGAGAGAUUCGAGAGGAGAAGAAAAAUAAAAUUAAUCCGUGCCAGUGAUUAUCGCGUGGGUGGCUUUGUGGUUGAGACGAAGGAGCCAGAAGAUUGUGGGAUCAGGAUGGAUUUUAUCCUGUCCAAGAUCAUCAGUCGACCUCGUAGUGUGUCCGCCGAUGCCAAAGGGUGCCAUCAGCAGACGGCAAAUGGUGGGAUCAUUGAGAGUGGGAAUAGUGUCGAGGCGCCACAGAAGUCACAGCAGUUGAGCCUGCGUCCGGAGUUUGAAGACCUCCAACCAUCAUCGGGGAAUUUUAUUGAUAACUUGCAUCCGGAAGCUGCAUUGGUGGAGCAAGAAAGGGAAGGAAAAAGCCCCAAUUCAGAGGAUCAUCAAGGUGGUUCCUAUUGCAGUGCUUUAUCGUCCGAUGACGAAGCAUUUGUUGAGUGUCACUCCUACAUUGGUGAUCAAACGGUGGACAAUUCUGUUCUUCUCAAUGCAACUGUUGAUGUUGCUGUGAAUGAGAAGGAAGUUCAGGAUCAACUUUCUUGUACAUUUGAUAGUGGAACAGGAGAUACAAACACAGCUAAAAGUCCUGGGAAAGCUGAUGUGAAUCUCAUUGCAACGGAAUUUGUGGAAGAGAUUGUUUCAAAGGCUCUCUCUGCUGUACUUCCUGUAGCUCCUCCUGCUGCGGUUGAAGAGAAAGCAGCAGAUGAAGAGAAGGAAGUUGUUGUAGAGAAAAAAGUUGUUAAGGAGAAGGAAGUUGUUGAAGAGAAAAAACUUGUUGAUGAGAAACAAUUACCUCAUGAGCUUGAGGAAGUUAAUAAAACAAUUGAUUUACUUCCAAGUCCAACAAUAGAGGAUAAAUUAGAUAAAACGAUAGAAGUUGAUGAGAAAACAGCUGCCAAUUCCACAGUUAUCAUUGAAACGGAUAAAAAGAACAUUUCAAUUGAUGAGGAAAUUCUCAAAUUAACUGAAAAUCUUUCAAAGAUCACAAUUCCGCGGGAAAGUGACGAAAAGGAUCAAAAUCAGCAAGAAGAAGAACAAUCUCCUUGCAAUUUCAAUGGGACAUUUGAUGUUUCCAUGAAAAGUGUUGGUGAUCUCAAUGAGACAAUUGUUCUUUCCAAUGAUCUACCUUCGAAUGAUUUUGUAAAGAAUUCAGUGAGUCCCAAAGCAGCUCCUGCUGGUGAAUUGUGUGAAGAAUUACGUGAAAAUCCCGUGAAAGAAGUGCAAAGUGGUGAAACGUGCAAAAUGCCAGAGACUGAAUUGAAUGUUAGUCGAAAUGGGAGUUUUGAUGAAUCAAGAGAUUCCCCGCAAACCCCAUCAGUUGCAUCGUCAGUGAGUAAUUUAGCAAAUCAACCCGAUAGUGCCAGCAAUACAUUUGUUGAGAAUCUUAUUACGGAAAAUGUGGAUUUUGCAUUCAAAGUGCCAGAUGUGCCGGGAGAUGGGAUGAAGAAGAAACUCUUCGGCAAGGGGCAGCAGGAUAUUCCAGCUGAUAUUGCCAUUCCCGACACGGAAUUUCAAUCUGGGAAUGAAUUUGAAUUCACGGAAUCGCAUUUUGAUUAUUUGUUGACGAGAGGAAACAAUUGUGGAGGCCCAAUUGAUCGGAAUUCACUUCUAUUGCGCUUCGAUCCGCUUCUCAAUCAACCUGUCCCAGUUCAGACGCAACUAAAGGCAUCAAUACGGCAGCAGCAGCAGCAGGAGAAGCUUGAGGAGGUGACUGAGGAGGAGGAAGAAGGAGGAGCACGGUGUGAGGAAUUCGGGGGUGAUACACCGAAUCUGGAGGACACCGUGGCACCGUGUAUGUCGGAGAAUGAAGAAAUAGGGUUUUGUGUGAAUAAUUCCGAAAGCUCCCCAGUGGCCACGGCAUCGUGUGAAUACGCAAAAGAUCUCAACUCAGAGAGUGAUAGCUACAAAGAUUGCCUCAGUCAGGCGUCGAGUGAUGCAACGAUGAGCGUCGACGUUAUUAAGGACGUUGCAUCUGAUGAAGUUAAAUCUGUAGUCAAUAUUAAUUCCGAAGAUUCAUUCAGGAAGGAGUACAAGAUGGCAGAAUUGGAGAAGAAAAUAAAGAAUGAAGUCCUCAAGACGGAGGACAUUGAGAAGAAGCUAAAGGAGGCGGAGGCACGCGAAGAGAAUCUCCUGAAGCGCUUAACAGAGAACCAAAAGACCAUCACAAAGAUGACGGGCGUCCUGGAGGCGUAUGAGAAAACAAUAGCAGAACUAAUUGCGGAAAAGCAACAAUUAAUUGAGUCGUACGAAAAGAAAUGUAGUGAUCUACAAAAUGAGAGAGACGUCAACUUCCAACAUCUUACUUCCCUCGAAGCAACCUUCACAGAUCUUCACGCGAAAUACGAGAGAAGCAAACAAAUUACGACGGCACUAAAGAAAUCAGAAGAGAAUCUCAUGGCAGAGAAGAAGCAAUGCCUUGAGAAUUUGCAAUUGCAGGAGCAGCGCUAUGAGAAGAUGAAGAGUCACGCGAUGCAACAGCUGGAAUUAGCAAAUGGCAAAUUGGACGUAAUGCUGAAGACGCAUGGGCAGGAGACGGCAAAGCUGAAGGCACUGCUGAAGAAGGAGGAAAUUUCGCGGCUGUCCACGAAUGAGCAGCUAAUCCAGAAGACGCGUGAAAAUGAGGAACUCGUGAAGAUUUGUGAUGAGCUUAUAAAUGGAAGUGCGCCAACAAGUUAAAUUCCAUUGUUUUUUCUUUUAUUUUUAACUUUAAAAUCUUCCUCGUCCACAUGAAAAAAUUAAAAGAAAAAAAGAUGGGACAUUUAAAAAAAAUUAUAAUUUUCGUUUAAAAAAUAUUUUUUUUAGCAAUUUGCGCUUUCUUCCUAAAAAAACAUUUUGUUUGCCAUUCUCAGUUAAUUUGAGGAUUGUAAAACGAGAAGAAAUGGAGUAGAAAUAAUUUGGAAAAGCUUAAUGGCGAAGCUUCAACAAUUGUUGCAUGAGGGGAUGAAGAUUUUCGUCUUUUUUUAAUGUACAAUAAUCUUGUUAUUCCAAUGGGGCGAGUGGGCGUAAAAGACGCGAUUUAUUGUAAUUUGUGUAUUAUUUUUUAACAACAAAAUAAAAAAAAACAAUUUCUAUUUCUUAAAGAUUUUUUAAGGUAAAAAAAAACCUUUUUAUCCAACACUUAACUUGAAGAGAAAAUGUGUAAAGAAAAUCAAUUAAAUACCGCAAAUUCAUUUUUAAGGUUCAUCCGUGUACUAAAAGGUUAAUUUAACGUACAAAAAGCGAUGGAUCUUUAUGUGAAUUUAAUUAUUUAACAUAAAUAAUGUGAAUGUCAACUGAAUUUAUUUUGCAUUGUGGAGCCAUCAGUUGUGCAAAGAAAAAAAAACAAAGUAUUUAAAAGAAAAUUAACUCGCUUCGUUUAUUUUUUACGUUUUCCCGGGAUAUUUUUGAGCCCCCUGUGCCGGCUCCAGAGGGGGGCACAAAAGGAAAUUUCGGGGAGAACAAAAAAAAGUGGCAGGAAUUCAGUGCUCUGCUAAUAUUUUAGACAUUAAAAAUGUAUUAAUGAUAAAAUAGAGGAAAAAAAUGUUAGAUGAGAAUAUUUUAUCAAGCAUGUAAACUCACAAUACAUUAAAAAAAAAAAACAAACCAACCUGCUAUGUAAACACAAUAUUGUCUAAUAAAUUAUUUUUUAUUAUAAA